ACCUUAUCCCUUCCAUCAUGGAUAGGAUGCGAACAUGGCGAAACACAGCUGAACUCGACAGAAUAUGGCGAUAUAUAGCACAAGUUGUUUUUGAUUUGAUUAUUUACAAGUAAUUCAAGUUCAAAGCAAAGUUUUAGCUUAUCGUGCUAAAUAACUGAAGAACGUGACAUCGUAGAAACAUGAAUUACAAUCACUCGAAUGCACGUCGAGGAAAACCGAAGAGAUUGUUGGAUCCAUCAGCUGGUCUAUCUGCACCAGCUCCUUCAAUGGCACAGAAUCCAUAUAUAUAUAAUGAACAGGUAUCCAUGAAUAAUGGUACGAUGCCAGAAUAUAGCUUUGGUGUUCCUGGACAAGGACCACCUCCAUAUGGAUUCAAUCCACAAAUGUCAAAUUAUCCAUCUAGCGAUAAUCAAGGAGGAGAGUUUGCAACCCCGCAAUUUGCAACACAAUUUUUAGCACAACCAGUUGUUGCAGACAUGGCAGUACAAUAUGGAAAUGCAUUAGUUGGUACUGGAAAACAGCAUCUUGAAAAGUAUGUGCCAGUUUCAGCAAUGAAAUAUUACUUUGCUGUAAACACCGAUUAUGUUUUUGCAAAAUUAAUGCUGCUGUUCUUCCCAUUUACUCACAAGGACUGGUCUGUAAAAUACGAACAAGAUGUACCAUUGCAACCACGAUAUGAAACUAACGCGCCAGAUAUGUACAUUCCUACAAUGGCGUUUUUCACAUAUGUUGCUAUGGCGGGAUUAGUUUUAGGCAUGCAGGAACGUUUUACUCACGAACAAUUAGGUAUUCUAGCUAGCUCCGCUCUUGCUUGGGGUUUAAUCGAAUUACUUGUUCAUACUGUGAGUUUGUAUGUGAUGAAUCUCCAAACGAGUCUAGCAACGCUAGAUCUAUUGGCAUAUUGCGGUUAUAAAUAUGUCGGUAUUAAUGCGGCACUAGUGAUAUCGUUGCUAUUUCGGAAAUUUGGUUAUUAUAUAAUGCUAUUGUACUUCAGUGCUUCUCUAGCUGUCUUUCUGAUGCGAUCCUUAAAAUUACGAGUCAUUCCACAAGGUCAUAGUUCAUACACAGCUUCCGGUAAUAAAAGGCGGCUUUACUUCAUAUUGUCUUUGGCUGGUAUACAACCUGUUUUAAUGUGGUGGUUGUCAUAUCAUCUAAUUUAAAUAAAUAUGUUAUUUAAGUAAAUGUAAAACGUUUAUAAAAACAAGGAGAAGGAAAUGUGAAUAUUUAUUAUU